AUGGAGUCGACGCAGUCCAGUCUAGCCACCGUGGCUCACAGCAAUGACUCCCCGCACUCCUUCCCCGAGACAAGCCUCGCGUAUGGGAUACUCCAUAGGACCAUGGAGUCUCAUAACUUGUUUCAAGCCUUCAUCUCAAGAUGCUUCCCAACCGAUCUAUUGCCGACCCCCCAAUCUUGGAUUCCCUUGCUUGGGGGCCUAUCCAGCAGAGUUGAAGCAUUGGAAAUAUCAACUGCAGCAAUCGCAGCCUCCGCGAUAGGCCACAUGUUCCACAACGACUAUCUGAUAAAGCAGAGCCUAAAGUACUAUACACGUGGACUCAAUCAGCUGCAAAGAGCAUUGCGAGACCCCGAUAUUAUGCGAGAAGAUGGAACCCUGGCCGCAUGCAUGGCGCUGAGUCUCUACGAGGCACUUGAAUGUCCCAAUCCAGGACCCGAAGGCUAUUUCAAACACUGCCAUGGUCUGGUUGCCCUGGUCAAAGCCCGUGGUCAGCACAUGCAUUCUUCGAGUGUGGGGCAUCGUUUAUUCCUCGGUGUUCGAGUCCCAGGGAUCCUGUUUGCCUUGAAUCACCAAACAUCGAAUAUACUUCUAGAGUCAAGUUGGAUGGAACAACCCUGGACAGAAUUGCCAAAGACACCUCACGAUCGGGUGACAGAUUGCUUGGCCCGAGCCCCUGCGAUACUGCAACGGGUGCAAUCAUUGAUCAGCAUGAACCCAGCACAGCAGAUAUAUUCACUCCGCGACAUUAUCGGUGAAUGUUGGCAUAUCGAUGAACAGAUGGAAAGCAUUUACAACUGUAUGCGGGUGUCAAAAGGAGAUGCGUUAUACUGGCCAGUGCCAUCGCGAGCAGAUCAUCUGAUGAAUACCGAGGGCCCUGGAAAUCUGUUUCCAAUAGUCUUCUGCUUCCAGAACACUCAGAUCGCUGCUACAUUGAUGUUGUUGUGGGCAACGCGAACGAUGCUGUGGUCAGGUCUCACGAACAUGUACCAGCAUCUGGAAGCCAUCAUAGCCGCUCAGGGCCACAACACCAAUACUAGCGCAGAGUUGAAAAACGAAGUCAACCCCAUGGAGCGCUGCGGGGACUACAUAUGUGUGGCGCAUCAGGUAUGCCAGUCUGUUGAGUAUUUUCUUCAUGAUGAAAUGCUGCUAUCUGGACCUCUCUCUGUGAGUCCUGCACUCGGAAUUAUCGCUGACAGCCUACGCAACCGACCUGGACAUGAUCAAGAGCUUGCCUGGAUCCAAGGAGCCCUGAAACUAGCUCGACAGAAAGGAUUGCGUGUACUAGAACAUGUGAGACUCUGA